ACUCAAAUCUUACAGAUCUAGGAUUAGGUGAGAUUGUGAAGAAAAAUUCAAGCAAGUAUUGCCUUUCAGACAUACACAGAACACCGUAGCAAUGGAAUCAACCGGAGUUCCUUCAACAUCGACGGAGUCUAAGACGGGAGCCAAUAUUCCAUCCGAAAAUUCUUCUAGUUAUCCAAAUUGGUGGCCGUAUAUGUCUUUGUUCCCCACACCAGUAAUUGAACCUCUGGAGCUACAUUUAUCCCCGGAGGAAAAUACGCAUGGUUUAUCAACUACCAUGAUUGAGAAGAGAUGGAGAAUAUUCUUUAGACUUCUCCAACGUAGUGAGCCCUUACAUUGCUACAUAUUGGAGAUGCACGAGGUUGAUAGCGGAAAGCUUACUAGGUAUGAAUCAACAGUCCAUGCACAUGAAGUAACUACAAGGAUUGUAGCCAUGGGCGAACAUAUAACAACAAUGCCCAUGGUUCAAAUAUUUAACCCUGUCCAUCUUCAACGAAGGAGCAUGUUAACCAUAAGUAAACGCUUAGGGAAUUGGAUCGUGGAGCAGCGCAAGUCUAACGAUUCAGAACGUAGGGACAAGUAUUACAUUCAUACUAUUAUGGGGAAAAAGUUCCGAUCAAUAAAUGAAGUCAUGACAUUUAUAUUAUGCGAUGUCUUUGUUGAAGAUUUGAAGAUGGGAUAAGGUAAUAGGAUUUCAGAAGGUUGCCUAUUUUGGGUUCACUAUAUCUAGAUAAUUUUUGUAAAAUAAUGCUUAUGGUUAAGAAAGGUUGAGGAGAAUGUGAGUUUUGUAUAACUUAUUUAGUGUAAAUUAUUCAUGUCAUGUUAAUGUUGUUUUAUCAACACCUCCCAUUAGUUCAUAAUAUUAUUGUUGCAAUGUAAAUUAAGUAAAAUGAAAUUUGUGUUUGU